UAUGUCUGACAAGUUUGCUGUUGGAGCAACGCAUGUUAGCGACCACACAGGCCUACUGAUUUCAUAUAACAGUUGCGAAAGAAGCGUCGUUAGCCUGUUGGCUAGUUGACAGCUCCACCGAUGAAUAGACAUCUUGCGAGAAGAAACUGCCCCGAUCUAGUUCAAAAAGUUGGGAUGCCCUCACUGCACUUUACACCGGAUUUACAGCCAAAUUACAGAGCUAGGGGCAGAUAUCAGAAGGAGUCGAGAUGACUCCUCCUUGCUUAUUCACCUCGGCGGCCAGAAACAUCUCUUCUGGAAUAACGGGCUUUCUUCGACAAGGGACAUUGUGUUCGUGUGCAUUCACCCGCAGACACAUGACAACUCGUAGACAGACUGAUCACCUGGAGAGGACAGCCAGCAACUACAGACAAAUGAGCAUCUUCCCGGCGCGUGUGAGUGGCAUCAGUAUGGAGUCUGACAGCGUGAGGAGGCUACAGCUGGAGGUCAAGGGGUUCACAUUCAAGGCCGGACAAUGGGUGGACUUCUUCAUUCCAGGGCUGGAGAAAGUGGGCGGGUUCUCCAUGUGCUCCGCCCCCAGCCUGCUGCAGAGAGAGGGCGUGAUCGAGCUGGCUGUCAAAUACACACCGCACCCCCCCGCGCACUGGGUACACACCAAGUGUGCGGUGGACUCGAAAGUUGCUGUGCGAGUGGGCGGAGACUUCUACUAUGACCCCGCCCCUGGCGACGCCCCAGUGGACCUGCUGUUGGUGGCUGGGGGCGUGGGCAUUAACCCUUUAUACUCCAUCCUGCUGCACGCGGCCGACCUGCUGCGCAGCUCACACACACCUGGCAACCGCCUCCCCUCGCCAGGACACACACAUCUCCUCUACAGCGCCAAGAGCACACAGGAGCUGCUCUUCAAGAGCACGAUCAUGGAGAUGUGUCGGGAGUUUCCGGGGAAGAUCUCCUGCAGCUUUAACGUCACGCGGCAGACGGAAGACAUCGACCAGGAGCUGCAGCCAUACUCCAGAUAUGGGCGUAUCUCCCAGGAGCAGCUGCGCCCCCUGGUGACGGAGCGGACGCUGUGCUACAUGUGCGGCCCCCCUCCCAUGGUGGAGAACGCCUCCGACAUGCUGGUCGCAGCCGGCCUAUCAGACGACCGCAUACGCUACGAGAAGUGGUGGUAGAAGGACAUAUACACACACACACACACACUCUCUCACAAGACUAUACGCUACGAGAGGUGGUGGUAGACGGAUAUACGCACACACACACACACAACAAACACACACACUCAAUCUUCCCACAAGACCAUGCGAUAGGAGAAGUGGAGGAGACACAGACACAUGCUGGUCUACGCUUCUACUCUCGGCCAAUCUCAAGACUAUGAGAAGUGGUAGCAGGGAGACAUGCUCAACGCCCCCACCCUCACUCUCCCGCAAGACUGUAGGCUACCAAAGCGGGUGGUAGAAACAAACACUAGCAGUCAGGGAACACCAAUGGUCUGCCUGACGCUCUUAUGCGCUACGAGAAGUGGUGUUAAAGAGACACGUACCGGUACUCAGUGCUGCGACUCCUAACCUCACCCUCACCCCCACUCCACAAUGCCAUCGACUUGGCCAAUGCCUGAACCUCUCUCCCCCUGCAGCAGUGGCACACAGAUUGUUAAAAUCUCCUGCUUGUACGUGGAGCUUUGUUUGCAACGUAAAAAACAACAUUCAGGGAGGUUGGGAGAUCUACUACGGAAACGACCUACUUUUGGACUCCGGACCUUCUACUGUGUUGAAACACACCAGCACAGACUCAAUCACUCUACCAGGUGAAAAUCUUAACUUUGGUUUAGCCUAGAGCCAGAGAACUAAACGUAAUCUUCCACUUCCAUCCUCUGCUGUGCACUCAGCUCGACUACUAGUAACCGGUACUGUGGUAUUCUGGGAAGGGGCGUUUCUGAUGACACCAGGGUCUUGACCAAUCAGGAGGAAUGUAGCCCUUAUGACAUCAGAAAUUCUCCACUUCUUCCUGAUAGCCUGUGAUUUACGACUUAGAACACACCCCUCUAGAAUACUUUGUUGUUGCCAGGGAAAUGCUUUCAAGAAGACGGAUGUGAAUUCUCUGGGUGUUUUGAGAGUUUAUAUUAACGCACAACUUUACAUGUGGACUUUUUUGAAUGGAAAAAAAAAACUUCAUUUGAACUGUAGGUGCAAUUUGAACUGAAGGUGUGGAAUGAACUGAACUGACACAGACAAAACUAGAGAGAUCUUCCCCCACCAGAUUUUAAUAUCAUUUAAUAUCAUAUAUUUUUUUUAAUAUAUGAUGAAUAAUAUAGUUUCUUUAAAUGGCUUUUUAUUUAUGCUACACUUAAAGAGUGCAUAAAGGCAUCUGUAGGUGUGCUCUGCUCAGUGCUUUACAUACAGGCUUUGCCAAGUGAGGAGAGGAGUCCUCUGUACAGCAGAAAUGUACAUUACAGUAUUUAUACAAAAGACUGCCUUGGAAUAUUUGUUGUAAUGCUGUGAGAACAUGAACAAUGUUAAAGUUGCAUUUUUAAAUAUAAAAAAAACAUUUGUGGGA